AUGACGAAGAAGACACAAGCACAUGUGAUCAGUCCAUUCAAAAGCUUUGUUGCUGGCGGAUUUGGUGGUGUGUGUUGCGUAGCCACGGGUCAUCCAUUGGAUACACUCAAGGUUCGACUUCAAACAAUGCCACAUGUUGGUCCCGGAGAAACACCCAUGUACCAUGGUCUGAUAGAUUGUGCCAGAAAAACCAUCGCUGCGGAUGGUUUCCUGGGGCUUUAUAAAGGAAUGGGUGCUCCGAUUGUUGGCGUCGCACCAAUAUUCGCCAUAUGUUUUUUUGGCUAUAACUGGGGAAAGAAGCUGUUUGCAGAAGAUCCAAUGCAUCUAAGAAAGCACGAAAUAUUACUUUCAGGAAUGUACUCUGGCAUUUUCACCACAGUCAUCAUGGCUCCCGGUGAGCGGAUCAAAUGUCUGUUGCAAGUCCAGAGCGCAUCCCAUGGGCCGCAGAAGUACAAAGGCCCCAUAGAUGUAGUCCGUCAGCUUUAUCGUGAGGGUGGUCUACGAAGUUUGUACCGAGGGACCGCAGCGACCUUACUCAGAGACGUCCCGGCCUCUGGUGCCUACUUCCUCAGUUAUGAGUGGAUCAAGGACGCCCUACGCAAGACCGGGGAGACCGGUGACGAACUGAGUGUCGGGAAAACUUUGUUUGCCGGCGGAAUGGCUGGCAUAUUCAACUGGCUGGUGGCCAUCCCACCUGAUGUCCUCAAGUCUCGUUACCAGAGUGCCCCUGAAGGCCGUUACCCUAACGGAAUCCGAUCAGUGUUUUCAGAACUCAUCGCUAAAGAAGGCUUCUUUGCACUUUAUCGAGGUGUUACUCCAGUCCUCCUACGUGCCUUCCCCGCUAAUGCGGCAUGUUUCCUUGGCUAUGAAGUUGCUCUCAAAUUCCUUGAUUUUAUACUCCCUCAUUGGUAGAGUGAGAAGGUCACCUAGUUAUUUAACAAUCCGGUUGUGAACAUUUUACUAAUGUUUUCCAAUCCUUUCUGCUGGCGUAUCCUCACACUACCACAUAUUUUCUAUUUGACAUAGUUGUCUUAUCCAAUCCUGACGAUUUUGCUUGACCCUACAAUGAGUUUUUAUGAACAUACUCGAU